AUUGCCCCUGCAGUGCCAUUAUUCGACAGCAUGGCAAAACUACAGGACCACAACAGAUAGAACGGUACCGUUUCAGAUGGCACCGCCAAUAAAACGACCCUGUCCCCCACGUUUCCGCUUGUAAGACCCGAGAUUCCGGCAUGAGGACCCAAUGGUUCUCUCGUAAUUAUAAUCAUUAAACAUGGGCAAUGAUCGAGACCCGCUGUAUUUAGCUCACCUUCCCCAAUCCCCUUCAUCAUUUACUUGAUUACUGGUUUUAGCUGUACCAAUUCGCCGGGUUCGAUUCCUCAUGAAAACUCAUCAUUUUCUCGAGAAAAUUUUGGAUCUUGUAUAGCGAUUUACCGAUUGAAGGAGGUUUUGCUGCUUAAUUUUCAUUUUUUCAAUUUCUAUUUAUUUUUUCUGGAGGGGAGCCAUGACGGGGACGAGGCUUCCGACAUGGAAGGAGAGGGAGAACAACAAGAGGAGAGAGAGGAGGCGGCGAGCGAUCGCUGCAAAGAUCUACACAGGUCUGCGGAUGUACGGUAACUACAAGCUCCCGAAGCACUGCGACAACAACGAGGUCUUGAAAGCUCUCUGCAAUGAAGCUGGUUGGACCGUCGAAGAAGACGGCACCACUUACAGAAAGGGUUGCAAGCCCAUGGAGCGUAUGGAAGUUAUUGGUGGGUCAGCAUCAGCUAGUCCCUGCUCAUCAUACCACCCAAGCCCAUGCGCAUCCUACAAUCCAAGUCCUGCUUCAUCACCCUUUGCAAGCCCAGUUUCAUCCCAUUAUACUGUCAAUGCCAAUGGUAAUGCCGAUGCCAAUUACCUUAUCCCAUGGCUCAAAAAUCUCUCCUCUGGCUCAUCAUCUGCCUCAUCCAAAUUCCCUCAUAAUUUAUUCAUUCGUGGGGGUUCCAUCAGUGCUCCGGUCACCCCUCCAUUGAGCUCCCCAACUGCUCGAACUCCAAGAUUCAAGAAUGACUGGGAUGAUCCAACUGCUGGUCCAGCCUGGGCAGGGCCGAAUAAUGCUGCCCUGACCUCUUCAACACCUCCUAGUCCUGGCCGUCAAACCCCACCUGAUUCAGGAUGGCUUUCCAGUAUCCAAGUUCCUCAAGGUGGACCAGCUUCUCCCACCUUCAGCCUUGUCUCAGCAAAUCCAUUUGGCUUUAGGGAGGAAGCUUUUACAGGUGGAGGGUCUCGGAUGUGGACUCCGGGGCAAAGUGGGACGUGCACACCAUCUCCAAUGUUGACUCCUGGGCAGAGUGGGACAUGCUCUCCAGCUCUUGCUGCAGGUUCUGAUCACACUGCCGAUGUUCCAAUGUCUGAUGGGAUUGCAGCCGAGUUUGCAUUUGGCAGUAAUACAACAGGGUUGGUGAAGCCUUGGGAGGGGGAGAGGAUCCAUGAGGAGUGUGUAUCUGAUGAUCUUGAGCUCACGCUUGGGAUCUCUGGAACCAGCUAGAGAGGCAUGUCAAGGGAGAGGAAGAAUUAUCCAUGAGUCUCUCGAUUUGGCUUUCUAUCAUCUUCUCUUUGUGCAAAAUUUAACUAGAGAUGAUUUUUAGUUUGGGGUGUCUGGGUUGCUGUGGCAGGUGAGUUAUAGUUUUAUACGAAGUAGGAGGUGCAGCCUUCGGUGGUUUUCACCCCAUCUUUCUGCUUAAUUUUCCAUUUUUCUGUUGUUUCUGCCAAAGAGGAAAAAAAAAAGUUUCACUAUAUCAAUGAUUCACCAAUUUGAUUGCUUUAUGUAUUUGUUUUAGUGAUUGAUGCUAUGGAUAUCAAUGAUCAACUGAUUGCAAAUUAAUUUCUGACAA